AUGGCCGCCGCCUCCUCUUCCUCCGGAUCCUCCUUCACCUCGUCGUCUCUCGGCCGUCCUCCUACCUAUGGCCCUUCUUAUGCCAGCCCACUAGAUUCGACUUGGACCCCAACUUCGGGAGUGUCGACGCUGUCGGCGCCGUCUGCCGGGGACUCAGUCGCACCCCAGACCUCCCUGCGUCCGCUGGAACUGGGGCCGCCCGGAUAUCAAGCAACAAUAACCCUGUUUCAAGACACCCCGGACGAGCGCACUGUCUACCUUGGCCCGUGGGAAGUGGUUGGCUCCGAACAUAGACGAGUCUUGUGGCAAUGCAGCUACCAAAACGAGCUGCUUGAACAUUACUUACCAUCUGAUGUCCCGUCGGAAAUUCAUCCACAUACACUUCAUUCUCGGCAUCGACAGUACCAUGAUGCUGCGGACAUGGAACGAUACUUGACGUUCCCUGAACCCCAUCGGAUCCGGUACACCUCCGACCAAGGUGUCUGUAUUCAUGACCAGUACAUUCAAGUCAGAUACGAAUUUACAACUGUCGAUGGAUCCAGCCGAUUCCAAGGCGACUUGCGACGAAAGGACUUGAUUGACUUUUACGACGUAGAUGUAGUCUGGACUAAUGUGCACGGCCGAACAGAUAGUUUUGGCAAGGUCAAGGGAAUCGGGGCGAUUCAGCGUCUCAAGAUGUGGCGCGAUCGAUGUACCACGUUCCAUUCCAUAAGCGUUCUUGCAAACAAGACGGACGGUCAGUAUCGUGAGUAUGAGGUGCACGUUUUUGACGGAGUGGUGCGAAAUCGUGACGACGGAGCGAAACAAUUGAAGCUUGGCGUUCGGAGCAGGCGAGGAAGCGCGCCUGAUGAGCCGCCUCGGCGACGAUUCUCGUUUGCUCGAGGGGUACGACCGAGAGUACGGUCAUCGGCGGGUAGUAGUAGCCAGAGCAGCUCAGAAUCGAGCAGGUCGUUCCAGCCGCCUGUCGACAUUCGCUAUCUGUCCAUUCAGUUUAGCAGCCGGCAAGAUUACCGGCGAUUCCUCGAAAUGUGGCUGUAUGCUCACAGGGCUGAUGGGGACUUCCAAGGGGUUUCCUUGCCUCCAAACCGGUUCGAGCUACCCUCACCACAGAUGCUGCCGGGCCAACCAGCUGCGCUCGAGUCUCCUGACCGGACCCGUACACUGGAGUCUGUUGCCGAGCCACGGGAUUCAGACGAUAGAGGAUAA